GGACUUGACGAAGAACAUUUUGUCGGAAUUGAUGCUGGAAGCGAAGUUGACUUGCAAGUUGUCCCUCUCCUCGACGGCCAUGCAGCAGCACAACACGAGGAUAAGACAGUUGAUACUUUUAUGAGCAAGUGUCAAGGGGCGGAUGACCAAUUGGUAUCGAGAGCAGACAAAGGAGCAGCAGUAGUAGUUGCGGAUAGGAGUGAGCAUGUAGAGGAAAUGUCAGCAGCGUUUGACGAUGAUACAACAUGUGAAACUAUCAUCAGGGAAAUGGGUUGA